GAACUGCGUUCAUCGUGUGUCCGCCGUAUUCCCGUCGUGCGUGAUGAAGUUUCUUUAACACAAAUCCACGCAGCGCGGAGUUGAGGAAACAGGACAAAGUAGCUUUGAAGGAGAAAUGCUGUAACUGCUUGUGUGUGAGGCAAGAUCGAAUUGAACGUCUACUAACAGCCUGGAAGUGAAGGUAGCGAGUGGUGAUUCGCCAUGGCGGCUACCUUCCCUUACAGAGUUCCCCCUGCGGGGAUGCCACCAAGUAUGCCACCAGGUGUGCCCCCUCCUGCAGUAGUUCCAGACUACAUGUCUGAGGAGAAGCUGCAAGAGAAAGCACGAAAAUGGCAGCAACUGCAGGCAAAGCGAUACUCGGAGAAGAGGAAGUUCGGCUUUGUUGAUGCUCAGAAGGAAGACAUGCCACCUGAGCAUGUCCGCAAGAUUAUCAGGGACCAUGGAGACAUGACCAACAGAAAGUUUCGUCAUGACAAGCGGGUCUACCUCGGUGCCCUCAAAUACAUGCCACAUGCAGUGCUGAAACUACUGGAGAACAUGCCUAUGCCCUGGGAGCAGAUAAGAGAUGUGCCUGUCCUCUACCACAUCACUGGAGCCAUUUCUUUUGUAAAUGAAAUCCCUUGGGUCAUAGAACCAGUCUACAUAUCCCAGUGGGGCACCAUGUGGAUCAUGAUGCGUCGUGAAAAGCGUGAUCGUCGACACUUCAAGCGUAUGCGCUUUCCCCCAUUUGAUGAUGAGGAGCCUCCACUGGACUAUGCUGACAACAUUCUUGAUGUGGAACCACUGGAGGCCAUUCAAAUGGAACUGGACAAUGAAGAGGAUGGCCCAGUUGUGGAGUGGUUCUAUGAGCACCAGCCCCUAAAAGACACUACCAAGUAUGUGAAUGGCACCACCUAUCGUCGCUGGCAAUUCACACUGCCCAUGAUGUCCACGCUAUACCGUCUGGCCAAUCAGCUGAUGACAGACCUGGUGGAUUUCAACUACUUCUACCUGUUUGACCUCAAGGCCUUUUUUACUUCCAAGGCCUUAAAUAUGGCUGUUCCUGGAGGACCAAAAUUUGAGCCACUGGUCAGAGACAUCAACCUCCAGGAUGAAGACUGGAAUGAGUUUAAUGAUAUCAACAAAAUCAUCAUUCGACAGCCCAUCAGGACAGAGUACAAAAUCGCCUUCCCCUACCUGUACAACAACUUGCCACACCACGUCCAUCUCACCUGGUACCACACACCAAACGUUGUGUUUAUCAAGACUGAGGAUCCAGACCUUCCCGCAUUCUAUUUUGACCCGUUGAUCAAUCCUAUUUCUCACAGACAUUCUGUCAAGAGUCAAGAGCCUCUUCCUGAUGACGAUGAGGAGUUUGAGCUACCUGAGUAUGUGGAGCCCUUCCUCAAAGAGACGCCACUCUACACAGAUAAUACAGCCAAUGGCAUCGCUCUACUGUGGGCACCCAGACCUUUCAACCUGCGAUCGGGACGCACAAGACGUGCCAUUGAUAUCCCUCUGGUCAAGAACUGGUAUCGUGAGCACUGUCCUGCUGGACAGCCUGUGAAGGUCCGAGUGUCCUACCAGAAGCUGUUGAAGUAUUAUGUGCUCAAUGCUCUCAAACACAGACCACCCAAGGCUCAAAAAAAGAGAUACCUGUUCCGUUCCUUCAAGGCCACAAAGUUCUUUCAAUCCACAAAGCUGGACUGGGUGGAAGUGGGACUGCAGGUGUGCAGACAGGGCUACAAUAUGCUCAAUCUGCUGAUCCACCGUAAAAACCUCAACUACCUGCAUCUGGAUUACAACUUCAACUUGAAGCCUGUCAAGACUCUGACCACAAAGGAGCGAAAGAAGUCUCGUUUCGGCAACGCUUUCCAUCUUUGCCGAGAGGUGCUGCGUCUGAGCAAACUGGUUGUGGACAGUCAUGUGCAGUACAGACUGGGAAACGUUGAUGCUUUCCAGUUGGCAGAUGGACUGCAGUACAUCUUUGCUCAUGUGGGGCAGCUGACUGGCAUGUAUAGGUACAAGUACAAGUUGAUGAGACAAAUCCGGAUGUGCAAAGAUCUGAAGCAUCUCAUCUACUACCGCUUCAACACCGGCCCUGUGGGUAAGGGUCCAGGUUGCGGUUUUUGGGCUCCUGGCUGGAGAGUGUGGCUGUUUUUCAUGAGGGGCAUCACUCCACUGUUGGAAAGGUGGUUAGGGAAUCUGCUGGCCAGGCAGUUUGAGGGGCGUCACUCAAAGGGUGUAGCCAAGACGGUGACCAAACAGCGCGUGGAGUCCCAUUUUGAUCUGGAGCUGCGAGCUGCUGUGAUGCACGACAUCUUGGAUAUGAUGCCUGAGGGUAUCAAACAGAACAAAGCCAGGACCAUCCUGCAGCACCUCAGCGAGUCCUGGAGGUGCUGGAAGGCCAACAUUCCUUGGAAGGUGCCCGGUCUGCCUACUCCCAUUGAGAACAUGAUUCUUCGCUAUGUUAAGGCCAAGGCUGACUGGUGGACCAACACAGCCCACUAUAACCGGGAGCGAAUCCGUCGUGGAGCAACAGUGGACAAAACUGUGUGCAAAAAGAAUCUGGGCAGAUUGACACGUCUGUACCUCAAAGCGGAACAGGAAAGACAGCACAACUACCUGAAGGAUGGACCCUACAUCACAGCUGAAGAGGCCGUGGCCAUUUACACAACCACCGUGCACUGGCUGGAGAGUCGACGGUUCUCACCUAUCCCAUUCCCUCCACUGUCAUACAAACAUGACACCAAGCUUCUCAUCCUAGCCCUUGAGAGGCUCAAGGAAGCAUACAGUGUUAAGUCGCGUCUGAACCAGAGUCAGAGGGAGGAGCUGGGGCUGAUAGAGCAGGCUUACGACAACCCUCACGAGGCCCUCUCCAGAAUAAAACGUCACCUGCUCACACAGAGAGCCUUCAAAGAGGUGGGUAUCGAGUUCAUGGACUUGUACAGCCACCUGGUGCCGGUGUACGAUGUUGAGCCGCUUGAGAAAAUUACAGACGCCUACCUCGAUCAGUACCUGUGGUAUGAGGCAGACAAGAGACGCCUGUUCCCACCCUGGAUCAAACCUGCUGACACUGAACCACCACCUCUGCUGGUCUACAAGUGGUGUCAAGGCAUCAACAACUUGCAGGAUGUGUGGGAAACUGCAGAAGGAGAAUGCAAUGUGAUGCUGGAGUCUCGCUACGAGAAGAUGUAUGAGAAGAUCGAUCUGACAUUGCUCAACAGGCUGUUGCGUCUCAUUGUUGACCACAACAUCGCUGAUUACAUGACAGCCAAGAACAACGUAGUCAUUAACUACAAAGACAUGAACCACACAAACUCCUACGGCAUCAUCAGGGGCCUCCAGUUUGCCUCAUUCAUUGUACAGUACUAUGGCCUGGUCAUGGACCUGCUGGUGCUGGGCCUGCACCGUGCUAGUGAGAUGGCUGGCCCACCUCAGAUGCCCAAUGACUUCCUCAGUUUCCAAGACACGGCCACAGAGAGUGCCCAUCCAAUUAGACUGUACUGCCGCUAUAUUGAUCGCAUCCACAUUUUCUUCAGGUUCUCUGCUGAUGAGGCCAGGGACUUGAUCCAGCGGUAUCUCACAGAGCACCCAGACCCCAACAAUGAGAACAUUGUGGGUUACAACAACAAGAAGUGCUGGCCCCGUGAUGCACGCAUGAGACUCAUGAAACACGAUGUCAACCUUGGGCGUGCUGUGUUCUGGGACAUCAAGAACCGUCUCCCCAGAUCAGUGACCACAGUCCAGUGGGAGAACAGCUUUGUGUCAGUCUACAGUAAAGACAACCCCAACCUGCUCUUCAACAUGUGUGGGUUUGAAUGCCGCAUUCUUCCCAAGUGUCGCACCAGCUAUGAGGAGUUUACUCACAAGGAUGGCGUGUGGAACCUGCAAAAUGAGGUAACCAAAGAGAGAACAGCACAGUGUUUCCUUCGUGUGGAUGAUGAGUCGAUGCAGCGUUUCCACAACAGAGUGCGUCAGAUUCUGAUGGCAUCAGGGUCCACCACUUUCACCAAGAUUGUGAACAAAUGGAACACUGCUCUCAUUGGCUUGAUGACAUACUUCCGUGAGGCUGUGGUCAAUACCCAGGAGCUCCUGGACCUGCUGGUGAAGUGCGAGAACAAAAUCCAGACACGUAUCAAGAUUGGCCUGAACUCCAAAAUGCCUAGCCGUUUCCCCCCAGUAGUCUUCUACACCCCCAAAGAGUUAGGUGGUCUUGGUAUGUUGUCCAUGGGCCAUGUACUCAUUCCACAGUCAGAUCUGCGGUGGUCCAAGCAGACAGAUGUGGGCAUCACCCACUUCAGGUCUGGAAUGAGUCAUGAGGAGGACCAGCUGAUUCCUAACCUGUAUCGUUACAUUCAGCCAUGGGAGAGUGAGUUCAUUGACUCUCAGAGGGUCUGGGCUGAGUAUGCUCUCAAGAGACAGGAGGCCAUCGCUCAGAACAGACGUCUCACCCUGGAGGAUUUGGAAGACUCUUGGGACAGAGGAAUCCCUCGUAUCAACACAUUGUUCCAGAAAGACAGACACACAUUGGCUUAUGACAAAGGCUGGAGAGUCAGGACUGAUUUCAAACAGUACCAGGUGCUGAAGCAGAACCCGUUCUGGUGGACCCAUCAGAGGCACGAUGGCAAACUGUGGAACCUGAACAACUACCGCACAGACAUGAUCCAAGCUCUGGGUGGAGUGGAGGGCAUUCUGGAACAUACACUCUUCAAAGGCACUUAUUUUCCCACCUGGGAGGGUCUCUUUUGGGAGAAAGCCAGUGGAUUUGAGGAGUCCAUGAAAUGGAAGAAGCUGACAAAUGCCCAGAGGUCUGGUCUGAACCAAAUCCCCAACAGACGUUUCACCCUUUGGUGGUCGCCCACCAUCAACAGAGCCAAUGUGUAUGUGGGUUUCCAGGUACAGCUUGAUCUGACAGGAAUCUUCAUGCAUGGCAAGAUUCCCACUUUGAAGAUCUCCCUCAUUCAGAUCUUCAGGGCUCACUUGUGGCAGAAGAUUCACGAGAGCAUUGUCAUGGAUCUCUGUCAGGUGUUUGACCAGGAGCUGGAUGCCCUAGAGAUUGAGACAGUGCAGAAGGAGACCAUUCACCCCAGAAAGUCAUACAAGAUGAACUCAUCCUGUGCAGACAUCCUCCUUUUUGCGUCCUACAAGUGGAACGUCUCUCGGCCGUCUCUGCUUGCUGACUCAAAAGACGUGAUGGACAGCACCACAACACAGAAGUACUGGAUUGACAUUCAGCUCCGCUGGGGUGACUACGACUCACAUGACAUUGAGCGCUACGCCAGGGCCAAGUUCCUGGACUACACAACUGACAACAUGAGUAUCUACCCAUCCCCCACCGGGGUGCUCAUUGCCAUUGACCUGGCUUAUAACCUUCACAGUGCUUAUGGUAACUGGUUCCCGGGGAGUAAACCUCUGAUACAGCAGGCCAUGGCGAAGAUCAUGAAAGCCAACCCUGCCCUGUAUGUGCUGAGGGAGCGCAUUCGUAAAGGUCUCCAGCUGUACUCCUCAGAGCCGACUGAGCCCUACCUGUCCUCACAGAACUAUGGUGAACUCUUCUCUAACCAGAUCAUCUGGUUUGUCGAUGACACCAAUGUGUACAGAGUCACCAUCCACAAGACGUUUGAGGGUAACUUGACCACGAAGCCAAUCAAUGGAGCUAUUUUCAUCUUCAACCCCAGGACUGGUCAGCUCUUCCUCAAGAUCAUUCACACAUCUGUGUGGGCUGGACAGAAACGUCUGGGACAGCUGGCCAAGUGGAAGACAGCUGAAGAAGUGGCUGCUUUGAUUCGCUCCCUCCCCGUGGAAGAACAGCCAAAACAGAUCAUUGUGACCAGGAAAGGCAUGCUGGACCCUCUGGAGGUCCACUUGCUUGACUUCCCCAACAUUGUGAUCAAAGGCUCUGAGUUGCAGCUGCCUUUCCAGGCCUGUCUGAAAGUGGAGAAGUUUGGAGACCUGAUCCUGAAGGCUACAGAGCCUCAGAUGGUGCUGUUCAACCUCUAUGAUGACUGGCUUAAGACCAUCUCAUCUUACACAGCCUUCUCCCGACUCAUCCUGAUCCUCAGGGCACUUCAUGUCAACAACGACAGGGCCAAAGUGAUCCUGAAACCUGAUAAGACAACUAUCACUGAGCCCCAUCACAUCUGGCCCACCCUCACUGAUGAGGAGUGGAUCAAGGUGGAAGUGCAACUCAAGGACCUCAUUCUGGCUGAUUAUGGCAAAAAGAACAAUGUAAACGUAGCGUCACUGACACAGUCUGAGAUUCGUGACAUUAUCCUGGGUAUGGAGAUCUCAGCCCCAUCACAACAGCGUCAGCAAAUCGCUGAGAUUGAGAAGCAGACCAAAGAACAGUCACAGCUGACGGCCACACAGACCCGCACAGUCAACAAACACGGGGACGAGAUCAUCACCUCCACCACGUCCAACUAUGAGACACAGACCUUCUCCUCCAAGACUGAGUGGCGAGUCAGGGCAAUAUCUGCAGCCAACCUCCAUCUUCGAACCAACCACAUCUAUGUGUCAUCUGAUGACAUCAAGGAAACUGGGUACACAUACAUCCUGCCCAAGAAUGUCCUGAAGAAGUUCAUCUGCAUCUCAGAUCUGAGAGCACAGAUUGCAGGUUACCUGUACGGCACCAGUCCACCAGACAACCCUCAGGUGAAGGAGAUUCGUUGCAUCGUCAUGGUGCCACAGUGGGGAACGCACCAGACUGUCCACCUGCCCAACCAGCUGCCUGGACACGAAUACCUUAAGGAAAUGGAGCCUCUCGGCUGGAUCCACACACAACCUAAUGAGUCGCCCCAGCUGUCCCCACAGGACGUCACCACCCACGCCAAGAUCAUGGCCGACAACCCCUCUUGGGAUGGAGAAAAGACCAUCAUCAUCACUUGCAGCUUCACCCCCGGCUCGUGCACACUCACGGCCUACAAGCUGACACCCAGCGGCUACGAGUGGGGUCGGCAGAACACGGACAAGGGCAACAACCCCAAAGGUUACCUGCCAUCCCACUAUGAAAGAGUGCAGAUGCUGCUCUCUGACCGCUUCCUCGGCUUCUUCAUGGUGCCGGGACAAGUCUCCUGGAACUACAACUUCAUGGGUGUGCGCCACGAUCCCAACAUGAAGUAUGACCUGCAGCUGGCCAACCCCAAGGAGUUCUACCAUGAAGUCCACCGCCCCUCGCACUUCUUAAACUUUGCCUCACUGCAGGAGGGUGAGAUCUACAACGCCGACCGUGAGGACAUGUUCGCUUGAGAGCCAGUGUUCUCCUCCUACCAUUUUGUAGAUAGCUCUGUCAGAAUCGCAUGGAGCCAGUCCCACAGCCCUUCUGAUAUUUCUAUUAAACAAUAGAAAUUGCGAUGUCUGGAACUUCUUUAUGUAAAGGCGUUAGGACAUUUUAAGGAAUUUGCUGUUUUUUUUUUGUAUUUUCUACAGAUGUUUGGUUUGUCUCUUUCAGUAAUGCUUAUUUUAGUAAAGUGUAGUAGCACAUGGUAAUUGACAUGGCUUCUGAAGGGGAAGUACAUACUUCCUCUUGGGAAUUGAAAAAUGAAAGUAAAAUUUCCAUGCCCUCUCACUAUGUUGUUAAUGUCCUGUGACAUUGUAAUGUGGGUUUAAAUAAAGAUCACAAUUUUUAUUA